AUGUCCAGUGAGCGCGACGCGAAGAAACGCCUCACAGUUCCAAGCACGCGACCAUCGCCACAUUCCAAGACUCCAUCGUCCUCCGUUAGGAAAGAUCCUUCGGGUUCAUCGAAAGACGAAUCCAAACUUACUCCAGUCAGCAUUACUCGCGCCCUGGGACAAAGACUUGCGGAGGUCAAGAGAAUGGCAUUAGCGGACUUUAUAGCGGCAUCAGACCGACUCGGCAGUUUCGAGGCGAGGCUCGCUACUCCAUCCUCUGUGGUGGUGUCCACGUUCACCCUUAAGAUCCGCCUAGACGAAGUGAGGACCUUGUGGGAAAAGGUACGGCUAGAGUGCGAGCGUUGCACCAAGGCUCUCAGUGAAACUGAACCCGAUGGUGAUGCUAUGCAAUCCAUGCAAGCCAAAUAUGAGCAUUGCUACUCAGUAUAUGAGAGGUGCGCUACAAGCCUACAGGAGCAAAUCGAGAGCGCUUCGGCUCCCCCCCCGUUAUCCACCCCUAGCGCUCAUCAAGGAGGCUAUAGUCGUCUGCCCCCAAGUGAAAUCGAGGUAUUCCACGGCGAUUAUCUAAAGUGGCCCACUUUCCGCGAUCUUUUUUCCGCAAUCUACAUAAGCAAUCCAAGACUGACUCAAGUGGAGAUGCUAUAUCACCUCUGCCACAAGACUCGGGGUGAAGCCAAAGUCAUUGUUGAAAAAGCUCCGCUGACGAACGAGGGUUUCAAUUCCGCAUGGACCGCCCUGAAAGAACGUUUCGAGAACAAGAGAACUCUUGUCAACAGCCAACUAAGAAUCCUAUUUAGUUUCUCCCCUAUCCAAAAUGAAUCCGGGGCCGCUUUAAAAGAGCUCCAAAGUGCCAUCCAGGGAUGCCUCACGGCCUUAGAACUCUCAGAGGUGCCCAUUGAUAAUCGGUUCGCGGACGGCGUUCUGGUGUUUCUGGUUUCCUCAAAGUUGCCGAAAGUGACCUUGUCUCUUUGGGAACAGUCACUUCCGAGCAAGAGCGAGAUACCGUCAUGGAGCGACAUGAACAAAUUCCUGAGUGAGCGAUAUUUAUCUCUCGAAGCAAUGGAGAACGCGAAUGCCUCCAUGCAAGCGCUUUCCAGGCCCGAAAGAAGGGAAAAGAACGAAAAAAAGGUUAAUUCUUUUGAGGCAAAAGUAAGCGCCGACCUCCGCCAAAGCUCCGUCAAGAUUCGCACCUGCAGUCUUUGUUCCAAAGAAAACCACCCGGUGCGCCAAUGUCCACGCUUUCUAAAAAUGUCUGCUCAUGAUAGAGCCAACUACAUAAAGCAACAAAAGUUGUGUAUGAACUGCUUCGCUAGAGGGCACCAAAUCAAAGAUUGCACGAGUCAACAUAAUUGUUUUACGUGCAAACGUCGCCACCACACGCUUCUGCACCGUGGUAACCCACAUCCAGAGCCCUCUGCAACAGUUCCUUCCAUUCCAAACCCAAUUCAAGACAUACAGUCCGCUUCAUCCUCCAAUGUCCAAAGCUACUACACAGCGAACACACAGGGUGUUUUGCUAGGCACGGCUAUGAUAAACAUAUGCCACUUGGGCACCAGUUUUAAAGCACGUGCAUUGAUCGAUUCUGGAUCGGAAGCAACGUUCAUCUCCGAACGUCUGUUCAGAAUUAUCAAGCUUCCUUUCCAACCAGUUCAGGUUCAAGUAACGGGCUUGAGCCAAGCAAUUUCAGCCAGGCCUCAGAAGAUAUGCCACUUCCAAAUAGGCUCACCAUCAAAACCGAGGAUCCACAUAGAAACCUCGGCCUACGUACUCCCAAAUGUGGCAGGCACCUUACCUUCGUACCCAGUUCCUCAAGGCGGCUCCCAACCCAACAUUUGCGGCUCGUUACUCGGUCAGGAGACCAUAUUUGGAUGGAUCCUCACAGGACCAGUAGCUGAGUCAACUCGCCCCUCAAUUUCUUCCUUUGCUACAAGGGUAAAGGUCAGUACAGAACAGCGUUUAGAAAACCUUCUAACGAAGUUUUGGGAGGUGGAGGAUCUUCCAGCCGUGAGGGCAGAAGAGUCUUCUGAUUCCGUCUGUGAAGACAAUUUCAUUCAAACUACUCGAAGAGAUUCAAGUGGCAGAUAUAUGGUGUCAUUACCCUUUCGAAAUCCUGAGUGUGUCGACUUAGGCCAUUCUAGAUCAAUCGCGCUGACUCAGUUCCUCAAAAAUGAAGGCCGUUUACAACGGAACCCACCUUUAAAAGACCAGUACGACAGUGUCCUCCAGGAGUAUGUAGACUUAGGUCACAUGCGACGAGUACCUCCAAGCAAUGACUCUGACAACUUCUAUCUGCCCCAUCAUUCUGUCCUUAAACCAGACAGCACCACUACAAAGUUACGGGUAGUAUUUAACGCCUCCAGUCCAUCUUCAAAUGGCAAGAGUCUUAACGACAUCCUACAUCCAGGACCGGUUCUCCAAUCAGAUCUGACCAUUCAGAUACUGAAAUGGCGUUUCUUCCAAUUCGUUUUUAAUGCUGACAUCACAAAGAUGUAUAGGCAAAUCACCCUCGAGCCAACGCAGACAAGGUUCCAAAGAAUCCUUUUCCGGAACAAAGAGGGCGAGCUCGGGGACUAUGAACUUACAACUCUGGGGACGGGGGAAGAGGCAUCCAGCACCUCCGACGUCCUGCACUCAUGGGAGGCGUCACCGAACGGUGGCGCCUCUCGAGCUGGACAGCCUGGCAACAUGCCCGGACUGGUGCCUAUAGGCCUCGGGAUGGCCCCGGCACCGGACAAUAUCCCGUGA